UACAAGAGCUUCGAAACUUUCAAUUCUAGUUUUUCUAGUUUUGAAACUAAAUUUCACUAACUUGUUUCCGUUUAUUUUCUAAUGAAUCUUAUUCUCCAUUAUAGAAACCUCUUUCAUUAAAUUUUGAAUCUUCCUACAAUGUGUUACAUAUAUAAUAUCAACUUGUAAACGUUGGUAAUUUUCGACAACUUCGCGAAAGAUUUGUGAUGGUGCCCCAACAGCAACGGAGAAGACGUCGACGAGCAGCGCUUCCGCGUACGACUGAACGGCGUCUGGUCGUGGCGCGUGGGGCUGGAGGCUUUGGUUUUACGAUAGCUGGCCAACGUCCUUGUGUGGUGUCCGCUGUAGCUUCCGGAGGGCCCGCAGAACGCGCUGGUCUUCGGGCCGGAGAUGCUUUGUUGGCAGUGGACGGUGCGAGUGUAGCAAGAGCUCCUCAUGCAUCAGUGGCAAGGCUUGUUGCAGCUGCGCCUGGGGCGAUAUCUCUCAGUGUAGCCCCCAGGGAGUCACCGCCGACCGAUACUGAGGACACGGAACCUGAUGAGAGGGCUAGAACAAGGAGACGCCAUCCACCGCCUAGAAGAAGACCACAGAUGGUGCACCAUCCUGGUUGCCAUGCAGCUGCGUCAAGUACAUUAGGCGUCAAUGAAAUUCUCCAAAACCUGAGUCGAGCUCAACUGACUCCCAGUCAUGUUGCCCGGCUUGAGUGCCGGGCCGUCGUGGGAUAUCUCGGCACCAUUGAGACACCGCAGGCGGCCAAUAACGCGGCCCCCAGCAACGUACGUACAGCGGUCAGGAAACUGAGGCAGGAACGACGCCCAGCAGCACCUGUGUUGUUAUCCGUACUCCCGAAUUCACUACUUCUCAGGCGCCCCACAGGACAAAUUCUCGCUCAGUAUCAACGUGAACGCAUAGUUUACGCUGGAUGUGGCUCGGAUGCGGACAGAAGGUAUUUUGGUUUGGUGACGUCAGCAGAGCCGACCGAAGAGGAAGCAUCGCACAGUUGCCACAUCUUCGCGGUCGACCCGCGAAUGGCGGAACAUGAAGCUCAUACAGCCAGAGCGAGAGAGUUCCAAAUCGUUUGCACGAGGGACCCAGUGGCAGAGCGGUGUUUAGAGUUCCCACCGUCAGCGGAAUACGUUGUUGGGGUCAUAAGAGGGAUGUAUUCGUUACCCGCCGAAAAUUGUUCAAGUCCUAAUUUGCAACAGAUAUCUAAGUUAGCUGUGAAAGGCGAUAGUCCAAUGUUAGGUAAUUUUUCAAGGUGUAACCGCCCUGUUUUCCGCGUGCCUCGAGAUCGAAGGCCGUGCAGGCACGAAGACGCGCGAAUUGAAGGUCAAGAGUUUGUGGCGAACUCACCGCAGCCUAGUAACCACAGUGAGGUGACUACUACGUCUAGCAACAGCGAUUCCGGGAUAGGCUUUCAUAAUGAUUGUCGGAAUAUCGCGGAUAGGAUAUUGGUGGUCGAUUUUGCCCAGCAGGCCCCUCCAAAUAGGUUCAGACAAGAUAUGCCUCGAAGGCCAAUCGGGUUGGUCGGUUGUAGCAGCUUUGACGCUGAUGGUUCCUUCUUGUCUAACACGACACCCGUUGUGGAUGGCUUCGGUGGGCAAGGUAGACCACUGAACCUUGACGAUGUAAUAAUAAAUACAAAUGAUCCCCAAACCGUUCGCCAUGUGAGCCCGCGAAACGAAGACGACAAUUAUAACUAUAAUAAUAUCUACGGGAAUAUUCCAUCAAGUUCUAAGGCAUUCUCGAACGGAGUGGUGUACGACCAAGUGUAUACUGAGAAUGAAGGUGACCACUACGAAUUCAUUUCUCAACAACUGGAUGUCGACUUGGACGUAGAUAGGGUGGCGGAGAAAUUUAAUUCAGUUGAGAUUUACGAGGAGAGAUCACGGCAGCCACCUGACUGGCAGUCCAAUGAGUCGGUGGAAAACGUGACCGUGAUAUCCGGGGGCACCAGUAAGGCUAGCAUGGACUCUGUGUCGGUGUACUCGUCCAGGAGUCACGAGGAAGCGAGGCCGGUUAGGAGGAAGCACCUCCAGGCUUCUCUCGAUGAUAUGCUGGUGAUUGGCAUGAGGGAUCCGCCGCCGAAAAAUAAGGAUGAUGACAAUUUUGUUCAUCCUGCUACUGUAAAGAGCAAGGUGCGUAAAUCGCUAAAGCCGCUGAACCUGCUGUCGAGAACGAAGCACAUGCUGUCGGGACGGGAGCGGGAACGAGAACGGGAGAAGGAGAAGGAAGCGCGGCGGCGGGCGUUAAGCGCGAGCGCGGGCGACGCGGCGGACGGUCAGCGGCCCGACCUCGCACUGCCCGCCGCCGCCAGCGAGCCCGACCUCAGGGAUACGCAGAGCGAGCAGUCGUCACCGUUCCGCCGAUGGACGACGGGCAGCGGCGCGGGCAGCUCCUACAGGCACCACGACCAUCGCAAUAUGUACAAUAAGCAAAUGAGCGAGGGCGCGGCGCCCGCGGCGGCGGCAAGCGGCGGCGUGGCGCGCUGGUCGCUGGGGCUGGAGCAGCUGCUGGCCGACCCCGCCGGGGCCGCCGCCUUCGCGCACUUCCUCUCCAAGGAGUUCGCCGCCGAAAACAUACGGUUCUGGUGGUCAUGCGAGCAGUACAGCGCGACUGAGGACGCCGCGAAGCGUGCGGCGCUCGCCAACGAGAUUUGGCAGCGCCACCUGGCGGAGGGCGCGUCCGAACCCGUCAACGUAGACGCGGCCGCGCGCCGCGCCGCCGCCCUCAGGCUCUACCAGGAGCCCUCGCCUGUCGACCUGUUCCAACAGGCGCAGAAGCAGAUCUUCAACGUGAUGAAGUUCGACAGCUACCCGCGGUUCCUGCGCUCGGCCGAGCACGCCGAGUGCGCCCGCGCAGAUUUACGCGGCCUGCCGUCGCCCUUCCUCACCGCCACCACCGCCGCCACUACCGGCGGCACAGACGGCGCCGCCUCGCCCAGCGCCAAGUUAAAGAAGUCAGCAAGUAAUGCGUCUGAGCGGCGUCGCAGCGGCGGAGCGUCGCUGCUGCCGUGGAAGCUGCGUGCGCCGUCCCGCGACCGCGGCCACCACCCGCCCGCGGACUCGCCGCCGCCCCCGCCUCCGCCUGUCACCGAUGUGGUGAAGUCGAGCCAGCUGGCGGCCGGGCAGUGCUCACUGUGCCGCGUGGUGCUGCCGGACGGCGCCACGUCCGUGGUGGGCGUGCAGGAGUCGCUGACGGUGCGGCGGCUGGUGGACCGCCUGCUGCAGCGCCGCAACCUCGUCUGCACAACCUACGACGUCCUGCUCAAGGAGGGCAAUCAGGUGUGCGGCACGCCGGUGGAGCUGGCGGCGCCGUCGGCGGUGCUGGGCGGGCGCGAGGCCGUGGUGGAGCGGCGCGCGGCCGUGCGCCUGGAGCUGGGCGGGCGCGUGCUGCACGUGCGCGCGCGCGCCUCGCGCCGCCUGCGCCACGUGCUGCGGCCCGUGCUGCAGCGCUACCAGCCGCGCCGCGCCGCCGCGCGCCGCGUGCUGCGCGACGGGCUGCACGUGCACCCCGACACGCUCAUGCAGGUCUGUCUGUCCGCCCGCCCGCCCGCCUGCUACCUGUGUGCUGCAUGCUGCGGCCCGUGCUGCAGCGCUACCAGCCGCGCCGCGCCGCCGCGCGCCGCGUGCUGCGCGACGGGCUGCACGUGCACCCCGACACGCUCAUGCAGGUCUGUCUGUCCGCCCGCCCGCCCGCCUGCUACCUGUGUGCUGCAUGCUGCGGCCCGUGCUGCAGCGCUACCAGCCGCGCCGCGCCGCCGCGCGCCGACACGCUGCUGCGCGACGUGUGCUGCACGUGCACCCCGACACGCUCAUGCAGGUCUGUCUGUCCGCCCGCCCGCCCGCCUGCUACCUGUGUGCUGCAUGCUGCGGCCCGUGCUGCAGCGCUACCAGCCGCGCCGCGCCGCCGCGCGCCGCGUGCUGCGCGACGGGCUGCACGUGCACCCCGACACGCUCAUGCAGGUCUGUCUGUCCGCCCGCCCGCCCGCCUGCUACCUGUGUGCUGCAUGCUGCGGCCCGUGCUGCAGCGCUACCAGCCGCGCCGCGCCGCCGCGCGCCGCGUGCUGCGCGACGGGCUGCACGCCGCGCCGCCGCGCGCCGCGUGCACCCCGACACGCUCAUGCAGGUCUGUCUGUCCGCCCGCCCGCCCGCCUGCUACCUGUGUGCUGCAUGCUGCGGCCCGUGCUGCAGCGCUACCAGCCGCGCCGCGCCGCCGCGCGCCGCGUGCUGCGCGACGGGCUGCACGUGCACCCCGACACGCUCAUGCAGGAGCUGGACGGCGCGCGGCUGCAGGUAGUGGAGGUGGCGGAAGCGGCGGACGGCGAGUGCGCGGCCGACGACCGCGACGACGACGGCGACUCGCUCAGCGACCUGGCGCUGCGCCUGCACGACGACGACGCGCAGAGCGUGAGCACUUGCUGCAGCGCGCGCGCGCCGUCCCCGCCGCCGCCCUCCUCCGCCGGCGCGGCCUGCUCGGGCCCGGCCUCCUCGGGCCUGGUCUCCUCGGGCCCGGCCUCCUCCGCCGGCCCGGCCUCCUCCGGCCGCGUCCGCGCCGCGCUCCGCCCCGGGCCUCCACUACACCACCAUCCUCCAGACUUCCUAGAGAAUCUCCGAGAAACACAACGUCAGAGACUACACAGCAAGGACGGGCCGCUCCCCUCGCCCCCCUCCCCGUCAGCGCGUCCGCCACCACCACUACCGCCCAAACCGCCGCAGCGAACCCCCACUGUCGUCUGACUAGCCAGCCAUAUCUACUGGGAAUGAUAUGUCACCAUAAGGUCACCGGCGAGAAAUUCUUCAAAACGGGAGAGAAUCGCCCUAAUAUCAUAAGUUCAUCGGCGGGAAACUCAACGAAAUGGGAGAGAUACGUCGCC